AUGGCGGCGGACACUGCGGUAGCUGCGAGUCCUGAAGAAACUCUUGAAUCGCUACUCCGUGAAGCCGAGGCGCUGAAACAAAAACUUGAAGAAGAGCGUCAAAAACUAAACGAUGUUACUUUAUCUUGUGUAGCAGAACGCUUAGAGCCAAUCAAUUUCCCCAACCUCAAGCUGAGGCGUGUGCUUAAAGGACACCAGUCUAAGGUGCUGUGCUCAGAUUGGUCACCUGACAAGCGUCACAUUGUUUCAUCCUCACAGGAUGGUAAAAUUAUAAUAUGGGAUGCAUUUACUGCUACUAAGGAGCUUACUAUUUCAAUGCCCAGUACUUGGGUAAUGGCUUGUGCUUAUGCACCAUCUGGAAAUAUGGUAGCUGCAGGCGGGCUGGACAACAAGGUGACGGUCUUCCCGCUGGGCGGGUCGGACGAGGAGCCGACGGCUCGGAAGCGCACGGUGGCCACGCACACGUCGUACAUGUCGUGCUGCCUGUUCCCCAACACCGACCGCCAGCUGCUCACCGGCGGUGGCGACGGCACCUGCGCGCUCUGGGACGUCGAAUCAGGACAGCUGCUACAGAGCUUCCAGGCGCACGGCGCGGACGUGACGUGCCUGGACGCGGCGGCCGCGGAGCCGGGCGACACGUUCGUGUCGGGCGGCUGCGACCGCGCGGCGCUGGUGUGGGACAUGCGCAGCGGGCACGCCGUGCAGGCGUUCGACGCGCACCUCUCUGACGUCACGAGCGCGCGCUUCCACCCCGCCGGCGACGCACUCGCCACCGGCUGCGACGACUCCUGCUGCCGCCUCUUUGACCUGCGCGCCGACAGGGAGGUGGCGCGUUACGGCAAGGACAGUAUAAUCUUCGGCGUGAACUCUGUGGACUGGUCGGUGAGCGGGCGGUUGCUGUUCGCCGGAUACAGCGACUACACGGCGUGCGCCUGGGACGCGCUGCGUGCGGCGCGCGUGUGCGUGCUGUGCGGCCACGAGCACCGCGUCACGCGCGUGCAGCUCGCGCCCGACGGCACCGCGCUCUGCACCGCCUCGUGGGACGCCACGCUGCGGGUAAGUGUCGCAUCGCACUGCACGAGCACCGCGUCACGCGCGUGCAGCUCGCGCCCGACGGCACCGCGCUCUGCACCGCCUCGUGGGACGCCACGCUGCGGGUAA